CCUUCUGAGCCAUAUCAUUUGUGCCACUAAAUCAUGGGGGUUUGCACCGCCUGCUCUUCAUCCUCCUCGUUAUCAGCCAGCCGGCCAGCCAGCUAAGCAAGCUGGGUUUAAAUAAUCAAUAAAUACAAAAUCAUUACAGUUUCGCACAGCCGGCCGCUAUUGUUCGAGAAUAAAGCAUGACUAUCCGCACAGCAGAGCAAGAUUGGGCGCAUUUUGCGUCAUCUGCUUUGAUUUGCUUUGAUUUUUAUUUUAUUUUUAUUUUCCCUUCAGCCCAAAUUUAAAGCGCAUUUCAAGUCACCAUUUUCAUCUUUUAACAGCAUCAUGGAUAUGCCAGGACACGGAGACCACGGCGGCCACGGAGACGGCGGGGCCCAGCCAAUGUGUGCAAUGAAUAUGUCCUUUAACUGGAGCACCGAGAACGUGUGCGUGCUCUUUGACUUUUGGCGCAUAAACUCGACCACAUCGCUGGUGGUUUCGUUCGCCCUUGUCUUUGUGCUCGGCUAUCUCUAUGAGCUCGCGCGCACCAGAGUGCGCAGAUGGGAGCAGUCGAUGGCGCCCACCGGGUCCAUUUUGUCAUCAAGCCCCGAUGCCCCGCUGGCCAGGAACAGCACCAUCCCCACCGACAUCCGCUGGAAGCGCGCCCUGUUCUACGGCUUGAUGGUCGCGUACUCGUACUCCCUGAUGCUCAUAUUCAUGACCUACAAUGGCUACCUCAUUCUGGCCGUGCUUGGCGGCACCAUUGCUGGCUACUAUGCAUACAGCACAGACGACUGGGGCUCUGUGCGCGGCGCCAACUGCCACUAGCAAAGCACCCGCAUCCUUUCCACAUAGCGCAUAACCAUUUGAUGCAAAGUCCAGUAUACCAAUAAAUUCUUUGCAUAAUAAAAA